GUGUGAGGGGUCUUUGAUGAUAUUACGGGCUCGGGACACACAGCGCUGUGAUGAAAUGUCCUUAAUGGAGGGAAGAGGAGCCCCAAUGAUUCCUUCUGCUGUCCUCACCACCCUCCUCACGUUCUUCCAGUCGGAGGCUCUGCACACCACAACGACCAUAACAACUUGGAGGCAUUUGUGUUUGAGUGUCUUAUCUUUCAAAAAUAUUUUCUUGAAAGAAUUGCUUGGAACAUCAAUUUAUAUGAUCCAUUUUUAUAUCGUUUAUUAUGUUUCUAAAAUAGUAAAUGUAAAAAGCCUUCCUCUUUUGUAUUCAUGCAGCUUUUCAGAGUGGGAUCCAUCGAUAAGUUCUGUGUGAAUUGUUCAGAUGAUGCACAGUGAGAUUUGCAGCGACAACUUUUUCUCCUAUUUGUAUAAACAACAUGGAAGUGUCAGCAGGUUUGAGGCAAUUAAACUUUUAAAGCGCUUGCGUUUCCCAAUAACUGCUCUUUGUUAGAAACAGUAGACAAACAGGUUACACAGGCACAUCGGAUGAAUUACAGGUGCAAUUUUUAAAAUAUUUUUUCACAUUGAUGGUUUGUGCAACAAGGAAGCGACUAAAGUGUGAAAAAACCGUGGGUGUCAGUUUCCUUUUGACACUGGCGUAUGACACAGCAGCUUUUCAAACAGUUUUGUAGUCCAGUUUGAAGGCAAGUGACGAUGACAGCGCAUGAAUUAAUCAGACUCCUCCUCAGUGUUGGACUCCUGUUCAAAGCUUGCUAUUCAGAUGUGAGGUGCAGGAAUGACAGAGGAGAGGCUGUGGACUGGUAUAUCGUCUACAAGCUGCCCAAAAUGAAUGAUGACGGGUUGUCGUAUUUGUACAUGGAUGAGAGCACCAAUGGGUGGCACCUCAGCAGGGAGAAAAUUGACAGUACAACUGGCUUUCUAGCAAAGACACUGAAACCUCUUCUUGACUUCUAUAACAGAGAGACUGAAGGGUUUGGAUACAUACUCUACAGUGAUCAACCUCCACCUCCCUAUUCUGCUCCUUCAUCAUUCGGUCACAGUAAAGGUGUUGUGAUGCUGGAUCGCAACUUUGGACUUUGGCUUUCACACAGUACACCUAAAUUUCCAACAUAUCAGAGUGCAAAGUUCUGGCCAAGCAGUGGAAACGUAAAUGCUCAAACAUUUCUUUGUAUUACCUUUCCAUACAAGCAGUUUAAAGAAAUAAGAAUGCAGCUAAAGUACAUCCAUGCCUAUUCAUUUGACUCUGCAAUCCCAACAACUUUUUACAAUGAGCUGCAAUGUGUUGCACAAAGAAGCUGCUACCCGAAAAAAGAGCCUUGGUUUAGAGUGACGAGCCUAAGCUCUGCAGAUGGCCGCAUUUUCACCAGUUUUGCAAAAUACAAGCGCUUUGGAGAGGACCUUUACUCUGGGCUAAUAGUAGACCACAUGCCUCAGGAUAUCUAUGUUAAGAGCUGGGGGAAAAUGCGUGACCCUUUGCCCUCCAACUGCAGCUCAAGUCUUCAUCAUCAUGUCCAUAAUGUCAAAGAAGUGCAGCUGCAGGGAACGGAGAAGUUCACCGAUACGGUGGAUCACUCUAAGUGGUGUGUGACUUCAGAUGGUGGCUGGAUAUGCAUCGCUGAUAUGAACAGAGAGGUCAGUCAGAAGGGCAGAGGAGGAGGAGCGAUUUGCACUGAAGAUACAACAGUUGGAACAGCUUUUAGGAAACUGAUCCGAAAAUUUGAAGGAUGUAAAGAAACCCAUCAUGAAAGAGAACUCUAAAACCACAGCAAUCACUAACAUUAACCACUGUUACUCACAAUCAAUGCAUGCUUAUUAGCUUGUGUUUUUAUCUAACAUUGGUCAAACAUGCAUAGAAAAAUAUCUACCUGAUGCAUUAAUAUAAAACCACUAAUUGUAAGUAUUGAGAGGAGGGAUUUGUAAUAUUUUUGGGGUAUCAAAAUAGAGAAUGGUGUAGGUGAGGCUUGGAGCUAUGCCCCAUGUGCAACAUUUUUAUGAGGGAACAAAGACAAGGAUUUCAUGGCAUAUACUUUUAUUAUAAGAUAAUUAAAGCUUAGAAUAGAUAGCUUAGAAUCCUGAGGCUCUGAGUUCAAGCCCCACUACAGACUGCCACUCUGGGUCUCUGGGCAAGACUCUUAAUCCCACACUGCUCCCCGGGUGCCCCACAAUGGCAGUCCACUGCUCCCGAAGGGGAUGGGUUAAAUGCAGAGGUAAAUUUUUCCAAUGUGAAGUCAAUAAAGUUCAAUUACUAUGAUUUUUAAGUAUAUUAUACUGUACAGACUAAAUGGAUAGUUUAAUUAGGGCAUACCUUAUCCUUCAACUUGUAUUUAAAAGCAUGUAAAUAACUUGUUCAAAUGCUCUCUUUAAUUGUGUUUUAUUUCUGUGAUGCUUUUUUAUCUAUGUGUACAGUAAAGCCCUUUUCAUAUCACUUGUGGGUCUGGAUUUCCAAAUAGUUUCAAUAAAGCAACUGUACUGUACUUUAACUGUACAUGUUUUAAUAACUGUUUUUCUCGAUUUUUGUCAAGUGCAAGUGUUUUUUUCCCCCAUUUGACUGCAUGUAUUGUGUUUUUUUAAUCAAAAAUUUUAGCUUGUUUGGGAAAAAGUAUUAAUUGACAACUAAAUCAGAAACUAACGGGGAGGGGAAACAAACUGGCCAAACCCACAACAUUAGCUGGAGAUGCAUUAAGGUGAACAGUCAUUUUUAAGUGACUGCACUGAGAAGUGUUUUUACCAAAAGUAUGAUAUGGAUUUUUAUAGCGCCUAAUUUCUUAUAGUGGUUUCAAAGUUUGAUGAUUUUUUUUAUGG